UAUGUUCUAUGCCUCUUAUUCGUCCACGUAGCUCGAGAAACUUCUAGAAGCUUGCCAGAAGUUUCUCUGUCACUCUUGUUGUCUUGUUAGCAGUUAGUACAGAAAGUGUGGUCAGUUCUGUUGUGAUAUUUCCCAAGUAAAGUGAUAAGAAAGCGCUGUUUAAUGCAAAUAUUCGGAGAUAUAAACAAUCCAGCCCAGGAACCCACCACCAGGAACAUGGUGUCAAAGGGGAAACGUAACAAGUAUGAUUUGUCUUCCUCGGAGGACGAAUCAUUCGAAGACCAUUGUGACGAUCCCGGCUACGUCCCCAACAUGGAUAUCAAGAACACCAUCAAAACAUCGACACGAGGGCGUAAGCCGAAAUGUUUCACGAAGAACGCAAUGAUGGCUAGAGAAAAUCGCCUAAAAAAGAAACUGUACAUUUCGAAAUUGGAACAAGACGUUGACGUUCUCAGGAAAGAGAACAAAAAUCUAACAGCUGUGGUUGACAACCAGUCGAUGUUAAUAUCCGGUCUUAGAAAGGAGGUCAAAUACUUGAAAAGUGUGAUUGCCAACAGCAGUGAUAUUGGAUGUUUGAUCAGAUCCAUAAAUCAAAGCACAGGUAUGCCAGUGCGUUCUUCAUUGGAUAAGAAAUUAAGCCACGAAAAUAUUCCAAGCCCUAGUCAAACUGUGACAAAACAACAGUCACACCCAUGGGAAGAAAAAACAGUAUACCCGUGCUACCCAACACCAGAGGAUGAUUCACACAGUAUCAGUUCAGAGCCAAAGAUCGACAACACCUUGAGCUCUGAUCUAUUUGAUUUGGAAUUUCCUAUUGAAAUGCCAGAUGAAGAACUUUUAAAAGACCUUACUUUUGAUGAAAAGUGUGUACCAAUGAUGGAGGAACACAACUACACCAACAGUAAUGACAACAAUAGCUUCACAGAUGAUGAGAAUGUAGGUGUGUGUCUUCAUGUCAACAAACAUAAGGUUUCCUUAGAAUUUUGCCCAACCUGCAGUGAGAAUGCCUCCCAAGUAUGGAAUUACUAAGAUGGAGAGGGAUGAGAUAUAGGAUUGGAUAGUGAUAUGUGGUCUUGUAUAUGCAGUUUCAGGGAAUUUUGUACCAUUAUGUGAUAGGCGGAUGGUGAUAAACAAUUUUAUGGAGACUGAAGGAAAUAGAUUGGUAUAAUGAUGUAAUACACAGCUCCUUGCCAAAUCCUCAUUUUGAAAAAGGUGUAGUAGCCUCCAAUUUUUCAUAUUGCGUGUAUGGCUAGCUACUGGUUUUAUUUUUAAAGUAGGUGUGGGUAGAUGAGAUCUGAGAAAAUAUCCAUCCAAGCAGUGGUGCUCAUUUGCAAUGGAAUUGUCCAUUGCAAAUGUUUUGUCAGUUAAGGGUGGUCUGGUUUUGAUCACUGGAUUGAACUAAACUGCCAAGAAUUAUUUUCAAAUGUUGGAGGCAAAGUGGUGUGCUCUGAAAAUAAAUGAGGGUUGAGCUGCACUAACAUCUACACAUAAUUAUUUACCAGCCAUUCGUCUGCAGUAGUUGUUUCUUAGUGCAUUGUAGAAUUCAACUUAGAGGGAGUUAAAUUUACUUAUCAGUGUCAUACAUGUUCUAUGCCCUCCCUUUGGGUAGUUUGGGAUGGUAGAAUCGAGAAUUUGAGUUGAAAUCAGAUGCAACUGCUGUAAGGGAGGCAAUGUUUGUUAUCUUGGGCACUAAAAAGCAAAAAAAAUGUUUCAAAAUAUAUACACUUAGGGUAGAUUUAAAGGUGUUUAAAACAGCUGCUUUGUCAGAUUUGGUAUAAUGGAAGGUAGUUCUUGGCAAGAAGGCAAAUUAGUUUGAUCUGGUGUGUGAAACUCAAAACUGACAAAGCAAAUGAGUAAAUUAGAAAUGCAAAUAUGAGGCAUUGGGACUAAGAGAGGCCUACGUGAACACUCCACUCUGAUUCUCACUACCUCAAAAUUAUAGCUCCAAAAAUGCAGUAACAAAGUUCCAAGAAAUAGACUGGAUGUUUGCCUUUUUCUUGGAUCUGAUAUUAGUUUUUUGGAGUAUGAAAUCAUGCUUACUAUAUCUUAAGUAAUGUCUUAAGCUAUACUAUAAUAUAUAAAUGAUUUUUCUUAGACUGUGAAUGUAGCUUUUAAGGGUAAUAAAUAGGGGAGAGAUUAUGUGAUAAUUUUUUGCAAAAGUAAAAUAAUUUAGUUAUAGGGAAGUUAUUUCACCAUAUUGGUGAAUCUUGCCAGCUAGUUAAUAUCUUAUAAAUGUGACACCUUAGAGGUCACUAAUAGGCAGUUAAUGAUUCAAAUACAGGACUAAAAAGUGUUUACAAUUUAUUGCAAAUGAUUCAAAAGUAGGUAUUUUAAAAUAGACUGUAAUUUUGUGUUAUGGAACCUAAUGCUUGUGAAAGAUAGCUCUCAGUUUUUGAACAUAUUAGGGACAUAUGAGUAUGAGUGAUUUUAUGUUACAGUUAAGUCAUAACUUACGUGGCAAUAGGGUAUUAUAAGAUCAUCCAUAUUUAAAAUUUACAUACAAUGAAGCAAUUUUUCACGAUUAUGGAGCUUGCCCAAUAGGGUUGUAAAGAGACAAUAUAAGACUGAUUAUAUCCAAGUUUUUAGUAGUUUCUAGACUCGGCUUUUUCGUGUUGACACACUUAAGGUUUAAUAAAACUCCCUAUUGCAUGAAUCACCCUUUAAUGUCUUAUCUCAUCUGUUCCUAAUUCAUUAAACUCAGGGAAAUGAUUAGCAAUGUUGUCUCAUUAACACUGUUUUGAGUUUUUCUGCUGGUUGACUGAUUUUUAUGAAAGCUACAUCAAGUUUUAUCAACAGAACCCAUAGUUUCAGGCAUCAAUUUCACAUUCCUAAAAAAUAUUUAUCCCUUUAAUUAAGAGAUCUAAUUGUCUUUAGAUAUACCUUUGAACAAAAUAUACCAAUUUUGCUGAACAAUGAUUGAAAUCAUGUUUAUAGAAUAAACUUCACUUAUGUUGAUGCUGCUUUGGACAUACAUUUUGCAAACGACAUUUUAGCAUCAGUUCAUUUACUUGCUCGACUUCUCUCAUCUGUAAAUAUGUUGGCAAAGUUUCUUUUGUAAACAUGUGGUUCUGAAGAUUGAACAAAACUCAACCAGUAGAUCUCUACUGAUCAUAGAGACCUCUUCAUGUGUCAAGUGGCAAAGGGUCAUGUGUCACUUCAGUAGCUAGCCAUACUUAACUGAAGCAUCUCAGGCUAUUUGUAGACAUUAAAUUGCUUUUUACUUUACAGCUAAGGCGGCCACUUUACACGAUUCAACAUAGGAAUAAGUAUAGCAUGCAGAGUUUCACUUUCAGUAUCAUUAUAGUCAUAAGUUGAAAUAGUCAUACAUUCAAUAACUCUUUUCAGGCUUGUUCGAAGACCAGCCUUAUACCCUCUAAAUUUUCUUAUUUUUGAGUUUCAGCCUUCCCAAGGAGUCAAGAAAAAGUGGGUCGCCAGCGAUAAAUUAUCAGAUAAUCUUCCGCUAUAUUUAAUGUAAGAAUACAAGGAGUGUAAGGAAAGGCCAAUAUAUAUUUUUUAAUAUCAAUUCAUUGUUUAUUAUAUUUUUUAUUUGAACAUGUACAUGAUAUUGAUGUAAUAUAUGUACUAGCAAA